UCGCCUCUCUCUCUCUCUCUCUCUCCCUCGCUCUUGUCUUCUGUCUUUCCUGACCUUCUUCAUCCCUUCUUUUCUUUCUGCGAGCGCCUUUUUUUUUUUUUCCCCUUCUCUGCCUCCUUCCUCCGCGACGCCGGAACGGAAGGUGAUGCCUCAAUCGACGGCUGAGAUUUCUUCUUCGUAGCUCGUCUUCUUCCUGCGUGUGCUUAGGGUUUCGAGUGCUCCUCCCAUCUUCGACUGCCGCUACAAUUUUCUGGCUCGGCGCCCUCCCUCGUUGCCGGGUUCUGCCCACGAGGACGGAUAGGGUGCGCCGCCUCCGCCGCUGGUGGUAAGCAAGCGUAUUCUGCCGUUUAUGGUCGUCGCUACGCCGGUACGCCAGAGGGGAACAUAGGGCAAGAAAAAGCAGGAGCGAGAGGUACGCCGUCUGAACGCUUGGUCUGCAUCCCAACGCCACCGGCUCGGCCGCCGCAGAUGCGUUUUGCCGGGCUUUCAUGCCUCCAGAACCCUCGCCGUGGGACCGCAAGGACGUCCUUAGGGAGCGGAAAUACGAGGGCGCCGUCGCCACCGCUACCGGGAAAUGGAAGGACUCUUACUCGAAGUCCGGCGACGUCACCCCUCUACGCCUGAGUCGCUCUGACGACGCUCCUCGGGUUUCAGGAUUCGGUAAGCAGGGGAACUAUCGGUUGUUUUCGGAGGAAUCCAGUUAUGGAAGUACGCCACGGCCGGCGACAGAUCCUCGCUCUCAUGAUCGGGUGAUCGAGGAUGAGAACUGCCGCCCUUCUUCAUCACAUCGUUUGGAUAGCAAAAUCGGCAGAAGCAGCAGGGAUUUGAAGGGUGUUGACACCGCAUCAUCCAAAAACGGUCAGAGGGAAUGGAAGGGAUAUCAGUCGGACAACGCAGAUGGCUAUUUUCCCUCUUCCGUUAACCGGCAUGAGGAACCUGUAAGGUAUAUGAGUUACCACCAUCAUUCUCAUUCGGGUUCUGAGAACUCGUGGGAUCGAAAUCAUAUCGAGAAGCAGAACGACAAGAUGGGUAUCGAUGGGUUUCACGGAAGAUACUCGGAGAGGAGUAUGGAUGUCCGGAUCGACCGGCUGACUGGCAGUCAGGGCAGCUAUUCUCAUGAAAGUUCACUUGGUUCGAUCCGGUGGAAACCGUUAAAAUGGGCAAGGCCUAGUAGUGUAUCUUCAUGGGGCUCUGUAAUCCCUCAGUCUGCUGGAUCAAAAUCUGGUAGGUCUGAAGAUGGAAAUGAGUCUGAGCUAGCCAGGAAGACAACUCCUUCACGUUCCCCUUCAGGGGAUGCCUCUGCGGGCGCGGCAACUUCCAUCUCUGGAGUUUGUUCGCACGCCAUGAAGAAACAGAGACUUGGUUGGGGUCAGGGUCUGGCGAAAUAUGAGAAGGAGAAAGUUGAGGGUCACGAAGACACGUGUCCAAAGAGCGACUCCGGUCCUCAAAGCACCGAUCUGAAGUGUAUAAAUUCUCUUUUGCCAGUUUUGCAGGAUGAGAUCUCCACAGUCACCGUGAAGCAAGGAUGUGCUUCUCCAACGGCAACAUCUUUAGCUUCUUGCAGUUUGCCAUCAGGUGAGAAGGAGAAGGAUUCUAUGAAGGACUCCUGUUACGUUGGUGAUGUUCCUUCUGGUGGCUCCUUUGAUGAAGGAGCUUGUGCUCUUGCUGAAGACUUGACAGGAAAUUUUGAUAAAUUUGACAUCAAUUCAAUAGAGACUUUAAUAUCUGAUGUGAUGCACUCCGAGGAUUCUUUCUCUGAUCACCCUGCCUCUAAGGGAUCUGCUUCUCUGGAUAAGUUGGCUUCAUUGAAGAAGGUGAUAAUGAAGGUACUAGAGAAGAAAGAAUAUGAAAUUGACCUGUCAGAAAAUGAACUGAGGUCACUUUGCACUGAGAUUGUUAGCAUGGAUGAUUGUCGUUCAGCUGCUAACUCAUGUGUUGGUGUUACAAAUGGCUUUAGUAAACAAUCAAAUAAGUCUCAGGAAACAUCACCAGGAUUGAACCUCGUGGGUAAUCCCACUCAAUCUCAUCCAUCAACCUUGGUUCCAACAUCAUUGAACUGUGCUGAACCUGUACCCUGUGAUGUUCAGUGUGAGAAGACUAGUGAAUUAGAGAAUGCACGUCAAACUUCUGAACCACACCUUUUUGGUUUGUCAUCCGGUACAGAUGUUGAUCAUGUGAAAUGCACACAUGAUGAAAAAAUCCCCGUUAAGCCAUCCAUCAAUAUGGAGAUCUUGAGUGGUGAGGACACCAUUAGUUGUGCAACUCAGGACAUCAUCGGUCGUGGCACUUAUGCUUGCGCAGAUCUGACAAAGCUUGGAGAAAUGGAAACUACAUUAACCACCUCGGUUCUUGCAGCAAAUAAGGAGUUGGCUAGAGAAGCAUCAGAGGAACUUCGUAGAUUUCUUCCGGUUGAUAUCCAUAAAAGCAACUCGGUAUUACCAGAAAGUAGUGGCAGGGCUUUGGGUACUGAGAUGCAUGAAAGCAUUGGUGCAAGCAUCAGAAGAAAUCUUGCAAAGAAGAAAUGCUAUCUAAGAUUCAAAGAACGGUCUCUUACUCUUAAGUACAGGGCAUUCUAUUACUUAUGGAAAGAAGACUUACGACUGUUGUCUAUCAGGAAGUACCGGUCAAAACAGCAAAAGCGUCUUGAGCCAAGUUCCCGCUCCUUUCACAAUGGAUUUCAGAAACAUCGCUCUUCCAUCAGAUCACGGUUUACGUCUCCUGGAGGUAAUUUAACACUAGUCCCAACUACAGAGGUUGUAGCAUUUACUGGCAAGUUGUUAUCUGAUUCCUUGAUGAAGGUCUGUAGAAAUAAUUUGAAGAUGCCUGCAAUGAUUUUAGAUGAGAAGGAGAGAGAUUCUUUAAAAUUUGUUUCAUGGAAUGGUUUGGUUGAAGACCCCUGUGGUGUUGAGAAAGAAAGGCCAAUGAUCAACCCAUGGACCACAGAAGAGACGGAAGUUUUCAUUGAAGCACUGAAUGCAUUUGGCAAAAAUUUCUCAAAGAUUGCUUCAGUUUUGAAGCAUAAAACAACAGCAGAUUGUGUUGAGUUUUACUAUAAGAACCAUAAAUCUGAGAAAUUUGAGAGAGUGAAGAAAUUGAUGGGGAAGACCAAGGAAGGCAAGGGUGCUUCUGCAAAUACGUAUCUUUUGACAACUGGGAAGAAGUGGGACCAUGAGAAAGAUGCUGCUUCUCUUGAUAUGCUGGGGGCAGCUUCUGUUGCUGCUGCUCAUUCUUAUGAAAACCAACGUGCAGGGCUGAAGUGUGUUGAUCGGUUGCCUGAAGAUGGCUACUAUGGCUGCAAAAUGUCUGAAAUGGAUGAUGGGGUUUUGGAAAGGACAGGUGAUUUGGACAUGUUGGGAAAUGAAAGGGAUGCUAGAGCUGGUGCAGGGGAUGUGAUGUUUGGGAUCUGUGGAGCUCUAUCCUCUGAGGCUGUGAGCUCUUGUGUAACCAGCUCUGUGGGUCCAGGUGAUGGUUCUAAUGAUUGGAAAUACCAGAAGAUGGAAAGUGGGUUUGACGCACCUUUGACACCUGAGGUGAUGCAGAGUGUAGAUGAAGAUACUUGUUCUGAAGAAAGCUAUGGGGAGGUAGCUUUCUCAGAUUGGACAGAUGCUGAGAAAGCCAUCUUCAUCACAGCAUUGAGAAGCUAUGGGAAGGAUUUUGCAACCAUCUCCCGCUGCGUUGGAUCAAGGUCAAGGGACCAGUGUAAAAUCUUUUUCAGCAAAGCUCGCAAAUGCCUUGGUCUGGAUGUGAUCCAUGUGGGACUGGGGAAUGAAGGAACCCCUCUCAGUGAUGCACGUGGUGGUCGUAGUGAUACCGAAGAUGCAUGUGCUGGAGAAAUGGAUUCAGCAUUUUGCAAUACCCAAAGCUGUUCCAAGUUGGAAACAGAUGGUUCUCCUGUAGGCUUUGGGGGUUCUAUGGUUAGUAGUAGCAAUGAGGGUUAUGGUUACUCUGCAAGCAACUCCGUACAGGUGAAGAAAUUUGUCGCAGCUGACAGGGAGGAGAGAAUCACACUGUUGAGCCUGGAGCCACAAGUUAAAAAUGAAGAUAACCAUCCUUCAGUUUCCCUGAUUCAUGAAUCUGCAGUUCUUCAGUGUGAUGUGGGUAGAGAAAAAUUGGAGGUAACUACUCCCAAGGUGGAACAAGAUGUGGGGGGUUCGACUGCUGAUGUUGCAAGUGACGGUAAUGAAGGUACAGUUCCUGGUAUUAAAGUUGAAGUGGGGCCAGAUACACAGAUGCAUGAUAGCCAACUAACUGAAAGCUGUGGAAAUUGUGAGGCUGUCAACCAUCAGACUGAUGUUGCUGUUGAGCCAAAACAGAAAGAGGGUAUAGAUUCUGAUGCACAUGUUAAUGGUUCUUUAAAUGUUUUGAAUGAGCGGUCAGUGUCGGGGUCGGUCAUGCGAUUUUGUUCAUCUAAGCAGCUAAUUGGGGACUUAACCUCUGAAGGACAAAAUUCUGCUACUGCUAUGGUUAUUCCAAGAGCAAGAGAUAGCAAUCAUGGCAUUACUGUCUCUCCGAGGACUGAGAUUGAUAAUGAUAAUAAUGGCUUGUUCAGUUGCAAUCUUGAUGUAAAUAAUUCCCCCCAUUCACGUGGAGGGAAAAGUUCACCACCAGGUACCUCCUCGGCAGCCGGUUAUGACCCUCGUGUAACCAAUGGACCUUUGUUACCAACAUCUGAGGGGCUUGGGUGUGGUAAAAAAUCUCAGUUGGUUCCCUGGCAACAGGAGGGCUGUCUAGCUGGUAUGUCCAACAGUGAUCAAGCAGUAGCGAGUGAAAAUUUGAAGGAUGCAUCUUCAACCAACCAUUAUGAAGGUAACAUUGUCCAAGUUGCACAAUUGUCGCAAACUCAAGAGUCUGGAAACAGGCUGCAGAUUCAGGAGCCGAUGAAGGCAAUGUGCAGCUUUACAGUGUCGGAUUUUUAUCGGGGUUGUCAAUCGUCUAACAAGGCAGAUCAGCCGCUGCAAAAUAAUUGCACAAGCUACUCAUUGCAGUCACUUAAUAAGGAAGAUGUUGGUGCCGGAAGUGCUAGUUCUGUCAGUGAGAAACAGGCCUUGCUUCGUGGCUUGGGGAGUCUGAAAAAGUUGCAUGAUCCACCCAAAAGCAAUUCGACACUGCAGAAUCAAUUUUUCAUACAGGAGAAUGGCAGUGGACACCACAAUUACAAUAACCACAUAGAGUAUUCAUUGUUCCUGCCCAAAAAUAUGGAUAGUCUGGAUGGUGCGACUGAGAAGGUGUCUUCAGAAGGAGCUAGUAUGUUUGAUGCAUCAUAUGGCGUGAAGCAGCAUAUUUCGAAGAAGUGUAGUACAUUGCCCGGAAAUGAAGGCGAAUCUUCUAAGCCAGGUGAAGUGAAGUUGUUCGGUCAGAGCCUUGUUGUUCAUCAACCUGCAAACAAGCCAGUUACUGCCCAAACGGAGAGCAGGGUGCCUCAAAAGCUCCACCCUUUGCAGGAAAGAAAUGGUAAUGCAGUAGGAAUAAACUUAGCAGAAAACAAAGGUUCUGAUGACAUUCCAAGGUGUACGUAUGGGUUCUGGGAUGCGAACAGAACGCCCACAGGCUUAUCUUCUUUGACUGAUUCUGGUUUGUUGAUCUCUAGUGGCUCCAGAGUAACUGAUUCUAGAGGAGCCUCCUGUCACAGCAUGGAGCAGCGCACAUUGUCGUCUGUAAAGGUGGAUGACAGAAUGUUCUAUGCAUCCAGAGAAGCCAUUGGUGCCAGUGGGCUUACCAAUUAUCACAUCUACAGCAACGAGGUGGUGCAGCCUUUUACUGUGGAGGUGACUAGGCCUCUAAGCGUGGUCCCUGACAUACAGAAGCGGAGUAUCAUGCUAGAGAAGAUGCAGCAGCCAUUGUUGGGGUUGCAGCAUCAGGCCCGUGGUGUGGGCGGGGUAAAUGUGGUGAAUUGCCUUACAGAUCCAGUGGUAGCCUUGAAGAUGCAGUAUGCAGAAAAUUUUUGCAUGCAGAACGGGGUUAGAGAGGACGACAAGUGGAGAGGGGACAUAAACAGAUAGGAGUAGGGAAACCUAGCGUUGUAAGGUUCUGCCUGUUGGUGGCAUCUUUAGCCACUUUGUAUAUUACUUCUGUAACCUGAAACAAAGUGAAAUGGAAAAGAAAAAAGAUGAAAACAUGGAGAGGAUGGCUUUUCGUCCUUUUUUAGGGCAUGUAUCCUGUUCUUGUGUAUUUGUUGUAUUUUUGAUGAUUGAUGAAAUAGAAAUAACCUCAGCAUUUGCAUUGGUUGUUUU